ACAUGCAUCGCCAUAUUCGCCACCAAGCCUACAACUGUACGUGGGACCGAGAUGACGUAAUGCACACAGACCCACCACCGUUUCCCCUUUGAUAGUUACAGAAGCGUUGAUCGGCCUUCUCCGCGUCGGACUAGGAAGUAUAUUGACGUACCGUUUUUGACCAGGAUGUGGGUACCACGCCUCGUCCUUGGACUGUUGGUGUUUUAUAACAUCGGGAGAAUCAGUGGUAUAAAAAAACAACCAUCGAUCGGCUUACCUAAUCUCAAUAGAUAUCGCAUGUCAAGUCCCUCUUUCCUGGGUACUUUACUUGGCUUUGUGGUUGGAUACACAACUAAUCGUGUCCUCGUUCCAAGCUCUGGAGAACCUAUAGAAAGGUGCCCUGAGGGAUGGUUUAAGCGGCUUAACCGAUGUUAUUUCUUUAGUGAGCUGAAGGCUAGUUGGUAUGGUGCGGAGGCACAAUGCAGGGUAAUGGGCGGCUACCUUGCCAUACCCGACACCUUGGAAGAGAAUAACGUACUGAAGGAAUUGUCACGCACCGAGCGAGUACGAAUUAGUCCAGAUUUGGCUCACAUACCGCAUUUCGCCAGAUGGAUUGGACUACACACUGUCGAUGGUGUCAAUAUCAAAAAGAUAAUCACUAACGAAAUACCAACUUUCACCAACUUUGUUCCGCCAGAACCAAGUACAGAUUUAACUGUAGACAUGUGCGUCAAGUUGGACGAUGACACAGAUUUCACCUGGGCAGUAAAACAGUGUUUUCGAACGUUCUUCUACAUAUGUGAGCGCAGCCUGAAACACCGAUUUAAGUAUAACAUCUAGGGAGAAAUUCCAACACAGCUGAGAACAUCAGUCAGUUUUCGAAACAUCAAUAAAAGAAAAUAUGAAUAAAGUUUGUAUUUUGCUGUUUCACCAAAACUGAACAAAGAAUAUCACACAUACCAGCAUCAAUGGGGUAUCCGUGAAUGUCAACAGUUGAAUAAUAAAAAAACGAAGAAUUAAA